GUGUUUUCAACCAAAACAUCAUCGAACAUCGAGAUUUCCAAUUGGUUAAUCGUUCUACCUCGUUCGAUCAUGAAAUUACAGUGUUCUUUUCUCCUUGUACUGGCUGCCACCACCGUCACUCUAGCGGCCGUGACAGAAACCAAUGGACGUUUUCAACGUGUGACCCAAUUGAUUGAAAGAGUCAAGAGACAAAGUGUCGAUGAAGAGGCAACUGUAACAAUCUCCAGCAACAUCACCGAGGAUGUCCAGCAGCAUCGCGACGGACGUGGAUUGGGAAGCACUCUUUUUCAGCUGGGCAAAUUGACGUUGACUCACUUGUUGCCUCUGGCCACUGGACAGGUGGCCCAGUCAAGCAAUUCCGGGGCAACAUCAGAGAAGAUCAGCUCUGGAAACAGCGUCGAUAUUGCCUUGCCCAGCAGUACAGACUCACCUAAAAUUCAGACGUCUUCAUCAUCUUCUUCUUCAUCGACACGGCCAUGCACAACACCAGAUGGGAGCAGAGGACAGUGUCGUGAUUUAGGCAGUUGCCCAGCUUUGCUGCUUCAGCUGGACAGCUUGCGCAAGUCGAUUUGUUUCCAGAGUCUCUUCGUUCCUGGUGUCUGCUGUCCCGAAUCCAAACCUGGCAACGCCCUCGUGACAAUCAUCAACCAAUUGGCAGGCGGCGGCAGUAACAAUAACAAUAGGGUUACAACCACAACAACCAAACGACCUACAACAAUCGAUUACAAUGCGCUCACCUCUCCAGUGACAUUUGCUCCGACCACGACUCGUCCGUUGGAAACGUUUGUUCAACACAACAGUCCAAUCAUCAACACAGGCUCGCAAUUUCAGGGCAUUCAAUCGAAAGGUCGUUGUGGUCAAGUGCAAGUCUCUUCCUUUCGAGUUGUUGGUGGUGAGUUGUCCCAACCGGGGGCUUGGCCUUGGAUGACGGCUAUUUAUCUGAAUGGCCCGAAAGGCACGGAAUUCUGGUGCGGUGGAACUCUCAUUAACGAACAGUUUAUCAUGACAGCCGCCCACUGUACCCUUGACGGUCGUCAAAAAAGAUUCCGGGCCUCGCAGUACACUGCACGAUUCGGCGAAUACAACCUUCGCGUGACAGAUCCUGGUGAGAGCGAGAUAUUUCAAAUCAGCGAAAUCCGGAUUCAUCCGCAAUUCACCGGCACGGGUUUCUACAACGAUUUGGCGCUCUUCAAACUGGAACGACCCGUCAGUUUCUCUGAUUACAUCCAACCGAUCUGCCUGCCUUCCAAUUCGCAGCGGAGCGAGAGUUUUAUUGGGCAGGUACCCACCAUCGUCGGAUGGGGAACAACGUACUACGGCGGCAGAGAAAGCACGUUGCUGCGGGAAGUACAAUUGCCCGUCUGGCGCAACGAUGACUGCGACCGAGCUUACUUGCAACCCAUCACCGAAGUCUUUAUUUGUGCUGGAUACGCUGAUGGCGGUAAAGAUGCCUGCCAGGGUGAUUCCGGUGGGCCGUUGAUGUUGCAGAAUGGAGGUACCUGGACUCAGGUUGGUAUUGUGUCAUUCGGCAAUAAGUGCGCAGAGCCUGGUUUUCCAGGCGUUUACACUCGCAUCACCCACUUUCUCGACUGGAUCAACGCUAAUGCUGUUUGAACCAUUGUAACUCAAUCAACCCACUGGUCUGGAGCCACGAAGAACGAAAAAAAAAAAUGUUUUUUCUUUUAAUUUGUUAUUUUGCUAAUUUUAAUUACUUCAAAAAAAAAUUCAAGGUCUUUGACAGUAAGAACAAAAAUAUUCUUUAGAAUUCUUUCGCAAAAAUUUCGCCAAGCGUGCCUAUCGAAAUGCAAUCACGCUCGGUCACGAUGCACGAAUUUUGGGAGCCGAGACAAAUUGUGUUUUAAAAAGAAAUUCUGCUGCGCAGAUUAAUAAUUCCUUCCCAAUUUUUUAAAUAUAAAAAUAUGUAUUGUGCCUUUAUGAAAUGACCAAAAUUGGUUAAAAAAAAAAAAAUUUGACUUUAUAUGGCUAACCGGUGUGUUGUACCCACCCCCCCAAUCGUUCGCGCAUAUUCCCCUUCCGUCUCACGCCCUUAAUUCCCUUACGACUCCCACACGGACGAAGAAAUCACGACGCCCUAUAUGUAGUUAUAUUUUAAUUUUUCAAAAUUAGACAACGAAAACAAGAAAAGAGAAAAAAAAACGUGUGCGUUUUUCAAGUGAAAUCAAACGAAACACAUUUUUCACUUAUUUAUUCCGAAAUAAAUAUAUGUGUCCCACA